AUGGAGGUCGAUAACAAGAGAAAACAUUCUGGAAGUGAGUUGGAGCAAGAGGUACUGAAAAAGAUAAGGCCUCAGGAACCAAACUAUGCCUAUCUUGAGACGGUGGUAAGAGAAAAAUUGGAUUUCGAUACAGAGAAAAUCUGCUGUAUUACGCUAUCUCCUUUAAAUGUAUACUGUUGUUUAGUAUGUGGACACUUUUAUCAGGGAAGGCAUGAAAAGAGCCCUGCUUUCAUCCAUUCCAUUAAUGAGAACCAUCAUGUCUUCUUAAAUUUAACAAGUUUGAAGUUUUACAUUUUACCGCAGAACAUACAAAUUUUACACGGAAAUAAGGUACAAUUAUUGAACAGCAUAAAGUUUGCCGUUUAUCCUACUUAUUGCCUAAAAGACUUAGAAAGCUUUCCGAAACACUGUUUUGACUUGAGCAAUCGCGUGUAUUUGAAUGGAUUUAUAGGGUUUACCAAUGCGGCAACUUACGCUUAUGCGCAUAGUGUAUUGCUUGUAAUAUCACACAUGGUUCCGUUACGUGAUCAUUUCCUGCUGAAUCACUUUGACGGCCAAGGGGAAUUUAUCAAAAGGUUAUCCAUGUGUAUUAAGAAAAUAUGGUCCCCGAAAUUAUUCAAACCUUAUCUUACCGUUGACAAUUUCGUAGCUUAUUUGAAAGUUAAAGAAGGAUUGAAUUCAAAUCUUAUAGAUCCGCGUUUCUUCCUUCUAUGGUUAUUCAAUAAAAUUUGCUUGAACUCGAAGCAGUUGAAAUCAAUAUUAAACCAAUCUUGUAAGGGCAAAGUAAAGAUUGCGGAAUUUGGAAAGGAACUUGAGAGAAGCAUAUCUGUUACAAGUAAUGUCAAGAUUAGACCCUUUUGGGUUUUGACUCUAGAUUUACCAGAGUUUUCGCCCUUUGAAGAUGGUAACAGCGUUGAUAAUCUUCCACAAAUAAGGAUUACUAAAUUAUUAACUAAGUUCACUAAUUCAAAACCCACUUCCACCAACACUGUAUUUGAAUUAACACGGUUACCGCAAUUCCUAAUAUUUCAUUUCAAUAGAUUUGACUGUAGUAGUGAACAUCCUGUAAAGAGUAGAAACCAAACCUUAGUGGAAUUUUCCGGUGAACUUGAGAUUCUGCAUGUUAAGUAUCGCUUAAAGGCAAACAUUAUCCAUGUUGUCAUCAAAUCAUCGUGUGCAGAUGAGAAAACCGCAAAUGGAGAUGAAAGAAGUCAUUGGGUUACUCAGCUGUAUGACGAAAAAAGUGAAAAGUGGAUCGAAGUAGAUGGUAUAAAUACAACAGAAAGAGAUGGAGAACUUUUAUUUCUAAACGAAACGUUUAUGCAAGUAUGGGAAAAGCAAGACUGA